AUGGAAGGAGAACAGCGACAGGGUUUGAACCCGCAAAAGCUGAAGUCACUGGAGGAAUGGUUACAGAAAACCUCCAUCACUUUAACACAGGUCAAUGGUCAGAGGAAAUAUGGAGGUCCCCCUCGGGGCUGGCAAGGUCCUGCUCCAGGCCCGGGCUGUGAGGUCUUCAUCAGUCAGAUCCCUCGAGAUGUAUUUGAGGAUCGUCUGAUCCCACUCUUCCAGAGCGUCGGCACUCUUUACGAAUUUCGGCUCAUGAUGAACUUCAGCGGGCAGAACCGCGGCUUUGCCUACGCCAAGUAUGGCGACCCCGUGACUGCCUCCACUGCGGUAAUGACCCUCCACCAGUACCGGCUGCCGGAGGGGAUUCGACUGACUGUACGAAGGAGCACGGAGAAGAGGCAGCUGCGUCUCGGUGACCUCCCGUCUAACGUGAACCAGGGGGAACUGCUGAUGGUCCUCCGCCUGCUCUCUGAGGGGGUGGAGGAUGUCAUGCUGAAACUGGCCGGGCCUAAAGGGAGAGAGGUCGUGGCUCUAGUGAACUACUCCUCUCACUACUCUGCAUCCAUGGCCAAGAAAGUGCUGGUGCAAGCAUUCAGGAAGCAAUACGGCAUGCCUGUUACCGUGAGAUGGAUGUCUGUUACCUCAAAAUCCAAGCAUGUAGAGCAGACAAGGCCAGAAGAUGGUCCCAUUACCCCACCAGGCCUGAAACCCCUCCUCAAACCCUCCCUUCCCCUUCUGCAUCCUCAACCGUCCAGGGGCCCGGCCACCCAGCCAAAAGAUGAUGUUAUGCCUCAAGCUCCUAUUUUGCCAGAUGCCGAGUCUCAGCUGAAGUGGUUUUGUGAGCUCAACAGACUUGGCAUUCCGCAGUAUGAAGCAUGUUACCAUCACACCGGUCCAGAUGGCUUCCUCUACUUUACCUACAAAGUGCUGAUCCCAGGCCUCCCUUUGCCUCUGCAGGGGUUUGUCCAGAUCCUGCCGGGCACCAGCGCCUGCGCUAUGAAAGGGGAAGUUUAUCAGGCCGCUGCUGAGCAGGUCAUCAAAACCAUUUGUAAGGUCUCUGGUUUAGCUGUCUAA